GCAGGCGAGCACGCUGCCGUGCGAGGGCGCAGAAGCGACGGGAGCCGGAAUCAGGCACUCGACGUGGGCCGUCCGCAUCCCAAGAGCCCUCGCGACGCCGGGGUCCUAGAAGGCGCAGCCGGGAGGCUACACGUGUGGGGAGCAUCAUGCCUAAGUCCAAACGCGACAAGAAGGUCUCCUUAACGAAGACCACCAAGAAGGGCCUAGAACUCAAACAGAAGCUGAUAGAAGAGCUUCGAAAAUGCGUGGACAUGUACAAGUACCUUUUCAUCUUCUCUGUGGAAAACAUGAGGAACAGCAAGUUGAAGGAUAUCAGGAGUGCCUGGAAACACAGCCGGAUUUUCUUUGGAAAGAACAAGGUUAUGAUGGUGGCUUUGGGCCGAGGUGCCGCUGAGGAGUACAAGGACAACCUGCACCAGGUCAGCAAGAAGCUGAGGGGUGAGGUGGGUCUCUUGUUCACCGACAGAACGAAGAAGGAAGUGAAUGAGUGGUUCAGUAAGUAUACAGAAAUGGAUUAUGCCCGGGCUGGGAACAAAGCGACCUUCACCGUCAGCCUGGAUGCGGGUCCCCUGGAUCAGUUCCCCCAUUCGAUGGAGCCUCAGCUGAGGCAGCUCGGCCUGCCCACUGCCCUCAAGAAAGGUGUGGUGACCCUGACCUCCGACUACCAAGUGUGUAGCGAGGGUGACGUGCUGACCCCUGAGCAGGCCCGAGUCCUGAAGCUGUUUGGGGUCGAGAUGGCAGAGUUCAAAGUUACCAUCAAGUACCUGUGGCAGGCUGAGUCCGGGAAGUUCGAGCAUGUUGGAGAGAGCGCAGAGAAGGAUGAAUCUGGUGACAGCUCCUCCAAGGAAUCGGAGGACUCGGAGGAGGACGACUAACCGGGGACGGCCCGAGCAGGAGCCCCUCUGCAGGACACAGGCUGUCACCUCGGUGCAGCCUCUCAGAGCGGCUGCCUCCCUUUUCUAAGGGAGGAGAGACUGGCUUGCAGGACUCUCAGGAGGGAGAGGUGCAGGGCACAUGGGACUGUGUUUUUAUAUAGAAUAAAGCGUUGUCAGCGUAGUGGGUGCACCUGGGGGCAAAGGAAAGGAUGUGGCUCCUUGCUGUGAGGGCUAGUGGGGGGGGGGGGUCUCUGUCCUGGUGCUUCUCUGCCAACCCCACUCGCUUCCCCCCUGCUCGGCCUGCCUCCAGACACAUGAUAAGGAAAUGCCAAAGUUGGGAUUUGGGAAGAAGGACGCAACCCCUAGAGAAAGCAGAUCCUGCUGCAGCUGCGAUGAAGCGGUCAGAGCUAGGGAGGACCGAGUGGGGCAGGUUGUCCAGGACUCUGGCAGAGGAACCAAGUGCUCUUAGCAGGAUCCUUCACAGGCAAGGACGUGCCAACAUCAACCAUGUAACAUGUCCUGGAUUAGACUGAGUAUAAGGUAGACAACAAGACCCAUGCUUGCCGCACAUGCUUGGCCAUCAGCCCCAGGGAGGUGAGGACUGCAGCUCAGCUUUCAGUCACCUCCCACAAUACUGACACACCUUUGUGUGGUGCUUUUUGAAGGCCUGCAGAGUGUUCUCAGGACAUCCCUCUGAGGGUGGGCACACUGAGCAUUGUGUCCAUUUUAUAGAGGAGUUCAUGGACUAAAAGGUUUGACCUGCCUGGGUUCAGACAGGGAGGGUUUGAACCCAAGUGUCUGAACUUGGAAAUCCAAGGUCCCUCCCUCUCUCUGUUCCAUGCUACAUAGCAUUACACAGCCACUUAGUCCCAGUGCUGACAGCACCAGCUAAGGAUCAUGAGGGGGGGUGUUCCCCUUUUCUGCCGUGGCCUCCUUGGGCGGUGGCCAAUGAAGCCCAUGCACCCUUUGUCAGAAUCUUCUUUGAAUGUUUAAAUUUUCAGCAUCACCAAGGAAACUAACUAUAUUAAAAUAGAAUUAUCCAGAUACUUUCAGAGGCUAGGGACCCCAGCGUAGGGAUAAAUUGGCCUUUUUUUCCAGCUAAAACCCCACCUUCUGUCAGUGGACACUUUCUCAGUGUCCCUAGAUGCCUUCCAUCUCCACUCUCCAUUUCUCCCAGCUGAGUCUUGUUUUUUGUUUUCCCACAUCUCCCAUUAGACUGGGAGCUCCUUUGUAUCCCCACAGUACCCAGCCCACAGGAGAGGUUUAAUGUAUGUUUGUUGGCCAGCUGGCUUGGACAAACUGGACCUGACUCAUAAAAGGCCCAACCUCCAGCAGGGAGGACCUGAGCACCCGAGCCUAGAAG